AUGACCACCACACAGACCACGACGCCCCUCGACGAGGCCAUCAAGGCCAUCGACAAUGGCCAGCAGGCAAAGGGAGAAAAGAUGCUCAAGGACAUCCUCUCUUCUCCACCAAAGACCGAUGACGAAGUCGCUCUUCGCCAGCAGGAGAAUGCCCUGCUACGACUCGGCAGACUAUACAGGGACACAAAGAAUGGACAGGCUCUCUCAGAGACGGUCCGCUCCUCGCGAACAUUCAUGGCAUCCAUCGCAAAGGCCAAGACGGCCAAGCUGAUCCGCUCCCUCCUCGACUACUUUUCAGAAAUACCAGAUUCGUACAGCAUUCAAAUCUCCACCAUCAAGGAGAACAUUGAGUGGGCGAGGUCAUCGAGGAGGAUCUUCCUGUCGCAGAAUCUAGAGACGAGGUUGAUUGCACUAUACUACGAGACGAAGCAAUAUAGGGAAGCCCUUCCCUCCAUUGAUACUCUCCUCAAGGAGCUCAAGAAGCUGGACGACAAGGCGAUGCUAACAGAGGUGCAUCUGCUCGAGAGCAGAGUCAAUCACGCUAUUCGUAAUGGCGAUAAGGCCAAGGCUUCGCUCACGUCCGCUCGCACAGCUGCAAACUCCAUCUACUGCCCUCCCUCUCUACAAGCCCAACUAGACAUGCAAAGCGGUAUCCUCCACGCCGAGGACAAGGACUACAGCACCGCCUAUUCCUACUUCUUUGAGACGCUCGAGGGCCUCUCCUCUACCUCUUCUUCACAAGCACCUCUGGCACUCAAGUACAUGCUCCUCUGCAAGGUCAUGCUGAACUUAUCUGAAGACGUCGCGGCCAUUGUACAGGGCAAAUUUGCUCAGAAGUACGCGGGCAGGGAUGUAGAAGCCAUGGAGAAGGUGGCAGAGGCUCACGAGAAGAGGAGUCUGGAUCUGUUUGAGAAGGCAUUGAAGGACUACAAGGGAGAGCUAUCUGCAGACCCGAUUAUUCGAGCUCACCUUUCCGCUCUGUAUGACACUCUGCUCGAGCAGAAUCUCCUGCGAAUCAUCGAGCCGUACUCUUGCGUCGAAAUUGAGCAUGUGGCAAAGGGCGUGCAACAGCCUGUGCGGGAGGUAGAGGUCAAACUGAGCCAGAUGAUCUUGGACAAGACACUGCACGGUAUUCUGGAUCAAGGCGCGGGCUGUCUAGUGGUCUUUGACGAGCAGAAGCAGGACGAGACCUAUGAGGCCGCACUGGACACGCUCAAGCACGUCAGCAAUGUGGUGGACAGUCUCGGGCAGAAGGCGGCGAGGCUGCAAUGA